UACUGUCACACUGUUUAGGCGCGUUCCGAAAAGCAACAACAACAAACACGGCUUGAGCAUUUUCCACCGCUCCCGCGCUAAACCAUCAAACAGCACGCGUUUGUGCCACAGCAGACGCAUUGGCCACAAAAUAUGAACAACGGCAGAUAUGGCAGAUUUGGAGCACUCAUUGGCAUUGCGUACGUGAGCGGCACUCACUGCAAAUUCCUGAUUUACUCGACAAAAAACGCCGAAGUCUUGGCCUACCAUGAGCUGAAGCUGCGCCAGAUUGUCCACCAGGCCGGCUGGCUGGAAUAUGACCCCACGGAAAUCUGGAAAUACAUGCAGGAGUGCAUUGAGACGGCGUACAAGAAUUUGGUGAUACUGGAAAUUGACCCGCAUGACAUCAUCGCUGUGGGCAUUGUUAAUCAGCGGGGCACAACCGUGCUCUGGAACAAGCAGACUGGCCAGCCGCUGUAUAAUGCCAUUGGGUGGUCGGACAGUCGCAGCACCUCAGUCUUGCGUAGGAUCCUGCAAAACGUGAAGCAGAACGUAGAUUAUGUGAGGCAUUGCACUGGCCUCCCGCUGAGCGGUUGCUUCAGCGCCUUCAAGAUUCGAUGGCUGAUGGAGAGUGUUCCGGCUGUCGCAGAUGCCAUAAAAGAGGACAAGUGCCUGUUCGGCACACUGGACUCGUGGCUGUUGUGGAAUCUAACUGGUGGCGCCCAGGCGGGAGUUCACUCGACGGACAUCACCAACGCGCACUACACUUCGCUGAUGAACCUGUCCUCACAGCAGUGGGAUGCAAAGCUGUGCCAAUUCUUUAAGCUGCCCAUAAACAUACUGCCCCGAAUACGUUCCAAUUCCGAAAUAUAUGGCUAUGUGCUGGACGGGCCGCUGCUGGGAGUACCUAUAGCAGGGGUAAUGGGCGAGCAGCCUGCCUGUUUGAUGGGCCAACUGUGUAUUAAGGCCGGCCAGAAUGUGUGCACCCUGGACGAUAGCUGCUUUGUCCUGCUCAACACGGGCACAGAGAAGCUUGAAUCAGAGAACGGACUGAUCACAGGAAUAGCGCACCAGCUGGGACCCCGAGCGGCGACCAACUACAGCCUCGAAGGAGCCAUUUCCAAUGCCGGAUCCACAGUCACUUGGCUACGCGAAAAACUGCGCAUCAAUACCGAGAUCAACUCCAACGACAAUGUGGUGGAAUCACUUAAUACGUUCAUCGGAGAUAGCUCAAUGAUUUCCUCUUCCUGCUCAUCCUCCAUGCUCAAUACUGAAUGCGGUUUGGCGGCCAAACGGUCAGAGAUUACCCUUGUGCCAGCCUUUCAUGGUCUGUAUGCUCCCUAUUGGCGGUAUGAUGCCAGAGGCAUAAUUCUGGGCCUAUCCAGUCAGACAACGGCAGAGAAUAUCACACAGGCCGCGUACGAGGCGACCGGGUUUCAGAUCUACGAAGUUCUCGAGGCAUUUAAGCGGGACACACCCAACUGGGAUCACGCGCGCACGCAUCCAGUGCUGACUUUUGGCGGCGAGUACGCGGAGGACACACACCUGGUCCAGUUCAUAGCGGAUAUCAUGGGCUACAUGCUGGAGCGGCCGCAGACCGCCUCGCCAGCUGGUCUGGGAGUCAUGAUAGCGGCCGGCGUCACCAUGGGCGUGGUAUCCCUAGAAUAUGCGACAAAGAUGUAUGCGCCACCGACAGACGUCUUCUCACCCACCACCACACCGAACCGUCGAGAGGUGCUGUACAGGCGCUGGGACUAUGCGGUAAAGAGGUGCCUGCACUGGAACAACUUUGAGACAUACGAGGCAGAUAUCGAGCUUUUCUCGCAGCGCGAACGUGAUCCCAAUCUAGCCCUACGGCGAUCAAUACCAGGCAGCGUCUUCAUGGUCACAUCGUUUGCUGUGCUCCUGCUGGCGAGGUACCUGCACAACCAUCCUCUGACCUAAUGCGCAUCGGAGGAGUGGGGCGAGGAGCGAUCCUGUGCAAUCUAGUCACGUUCAGCAUGCGCAUUCAAAAUUAGUUGUUUAAUUUAGCAUUUAGUCGUUUAUAGUUAAUUCUCCCUAUCGUUAGCUUUCUUUUGUAUAUACUCUCUCAUCAUUUUUCUACUUUGCCUGAUUCGUAGAUCAAAUUUUUGUGAUUUACCAUAGACAGUUCUUGAAUGGAUAAGUCUACAAACUGGCGUAUACUCAUAGUGUGUUCGGAUCUGUUGAACUAUUCAGUUUAUGUUUAUUUAUGCAAGCGAUUUAUAUUAUUUUUAAACCGAAAGACAAAUCUUAAAGCUGUGAACACAAUAAGCCUAAGCCUAAGCCGCUUCGGACUUGCUUCCUGAAACAUGUAUGUAUGUAUCUAUAUAUUGUUAAAACUGAGUAAACCAAAAAAGAAUGUAGAAAACCAA